AUGGAUGGAAUGCUUCGCCAUGGCGCUACGCGCCGCUUUGAUGAAUACUACCGCUGCUAUCCCGUGGCUAUGAUGCCUGGUCCUGAGCGAGAGAAUGUGAAUCACGGCGGCAAAGUCAUUAUGCCUCCCAGUGCUCUCGACAAGUUGACUCGCCUACAUAUUACAUAUCCUAUGCUGUUCGAGCUACAUAAUGGUGCAAAAGAAAAGAUGUCACAUGCUGGUGUGCUGGAGUUUAUUGCUGAAGAGGGGAAGAUUUACCUACCCUACUGGCUUAUGCAAACUCUCCUUCUCGAGCCUGGUGACCUAGUACAAAUCAAAUCGACAGACCUUCCCCCCGGACGAUUCAUCAAGCUCCAGGCUCAGUCCACCUCGUUCCUAGACAUCAGCGACCCCAAGGCAGUUCUUGAAAACGCCUUUCGAAAUUUCUCUUGUCUGACGAAGGACGAUGUCUUCACAUUUGCCUACAAUGAUCAAGUGUACGAGAUGGCCGUGCUGGAAACGAAGCCUUCGAACGAGACGAAUGCGAUAUCUGUCCUGGAGACCGAUCUUGAAGUUGAUUUUGCGGCACCCGUUGGGUACGAGGAGCCGCAGCGUCAAAGUGGCACUAGCACACCAGGGAGCGCGGUUAGCGGAAGGCUGCCAGCCGGUGGACUCCUGCACUCACACGGCACAAUGGCACAAUCAAUCAACUAUGCCGCCAUAGCACCAGAGUCUACUGACGCAGCUGCGGGGGCACGAGCGGUAUCGUCGAACUUUCUGUCCAGUGGCCACCGAUUGAAUGCCAAGAAAGGCAGCAAAGCGCCGACUCCAACGGCGUCUACUCCCACCCCAGGAGCGACCAAUCCCAGCCAUCCACCCCCCGUCAGGACCACGAAUGGCCCGCAGCCACUACGCCUACCACCAAAUCAAAUAUUCUUUGGCUAUGCUGUCAAGCCCGUUCCGAAACGAGACGAUAGUGGAAACGUUGUUGAGCCAGAGAAGCCUCGCUUUCAAGGAACUGGUCAAUCCCUCCGACCCAAAAAGAAAGGUAUAGACGGUUCGUCCACGCCCACUUGA